GUCUUGUGCUCAGGUAAGUGAAGGUAAGAUUAUAGCCUUAGACUUUAAACUUGCACCUGUUUACCUGAAAGUCAGUGCAAGUAAACGCAGCGCAGCUUAUUCAUGGUUUAUUUAAUGAGUCAGAAUUGACUGGUUUCAAAUGGUUGCAAUGUUGACAAAGCCACGUUAUGGCAGUGUGUGAUACUGAACACAACUUUUGCUGGUAUUAAUAGAUGUGUUUAUUCUUGCCCUGCAAAUAAAUUUGGAUUUGAACUUUGGAUUCUCUGAUCUUUAUUUUGGGUUUUGCCACUGUGCUGUACCACUAGCUCUCUUUUGCAAAUAGAAACAGAUAGCUCUGCUCCUCACAUUUCCAACUGCUUGGGAAGGAUGCUUAAACUGCUAGUUUCUUGGGUAUCAUACUUCUCUCCUUUUGUAAAAGUUAAGAAAUAUAUGAAAUAUUAACAGACUAGUAGGCUUGUGACACAGUCCGUAAACUAUCUUCUGUGCUACUGUAUAAACUAUAUGGUAUUAACUAUCUGAAUGAAAAUGAAUUUUCAUGGUAAAGACGAAGCUUCAUCUCCUUGCAAAUUAAUGAAAUAAAAUUCAAUAGUCAUAUAGUUGUUGUUUUUAGCAGAAACCAACUUCAUUUAUAAUAUGAGAAAAUAAAAUAUUACAGACUUUCCUUUGAAGAAGAUAAUUGUGUUUUAAAGACAAGCCUUGCAAUACUGGAUUGGAUUAAAUUUUAUUCAGGAAGCUGUACUCUAUGACACAGUUGUAUGACUUCAUCUUCUGGGGCAGGAUAGGCAACCUACCAGCUGGCUCAGGAAUUCUGGGAGUUGAAGUCCACGAGUCAAAAGAGCCAAGGUUGCCUACCCCAUUUCUGGGGGAAUCCUCAGGUAACUCCCUUCCCUUCUUUCUUUGGGCAGAUGUAAGAGAAGUGGAUUUUUUGCCUGAAGAACAAAACCCAAAGUUGAUGUAAGCACUAUCUAAACAUGUAAAAAUAAACAAGGGUACUAGUAUUGCUUAAAAAGACAUCAACUGCAAAGCCGAAGCAUUCUAAAGCAUAUGACACCAAUGUAUGAGAAAUGCUUAGGGUUUUUGCCAUACCAAUAGACAAUACAGUGAAGUAUCCUGUAACCAAGAUCUGAUGCUUCCCAUUCCUGUCCUGGAGAAAGACAGUUAUGAAUGGAAACUGGAACAUACUCAAAAUUGUAGCAAGACCACUGAAAUUGGGAAGGCUAAUAUCCUCAGAUUAAAUUCCAUUGCAAAAGUCUUUUGUUUGUUCUCCCCCACUCUUUCCCCCCAUCCUUUGGCUGCCAACAGAGACUUGCCGAAAGGCAUCUGUAAAUGUUGAGAAUAGCUGCUGCUGCUGCUGCUGCUGCUACUGCUGAGAACAGAAAGUAACUAAUUGUACUGCUGAUAGGGAAAGGAAAGUAAUUGAAGGGAGAUGAAUCUCUCUAUAGUUGAGUACUGUAUGUGCCAGGAGAAAGGAGGAAGUGUAUUGCAGUCUAGGUGUGGUGGAAAAUGAAAGGCUAUAAAUAUGAAAUGUUAUUUGUCAUGCCUUCCUGGCAUCACUCUUUUAAUUUGUGAAGCCUCAGGUGGCAACAAAUGAAAUUCAUGUCUUUUUUUGUGCUGGGAAAAGCAUCAUAAAGACUUUUUAUAAUUCAGUACUAUAUUUUCAGGAAGUACGAUCUUGCUUAUGGCAGAUUUAACACUUUUCCGCUAGAUUAAGGAUUCUUUGGUUUGCUUUCAAAUGGCAGCUCCAUAACAUUUCUGUACAGGUAGUCCUCAGCUUGCAACCAAAACUGAGCCCAAAAUCUAUGUUGUUAAGUGAGAAAUUUGUUAAAGUGAGUUUUGCCCCAUUUUACAACUUUUCUCACCACAGUUGCUAAGUGAAUCACUGCAGUUCUUAAAUUAGUAACAUGGUUGUUAAGUGAAUCUGGUUUGCCCACUGGCUUUACUUGUCAGAAGUUUGCAAAAGGGGAUCACGUGACUUCAGGACACUGCAAAGGGACACUGUGUGUCAGUUGUCAAGCAUCUGAAUGUAAAUCACGUGACCAGGGGAGGCGAUAAUGGUCAUAAGUGUGAAAAAUGGUCAUAAGUUAAUUUUCAGUACUGUUGUAACUUUGAACAGUCACUAAAUGAACUAUUGUAAAUCAAGGACUACCUGUAAUCCAAGGUAACAUUUCAAAAUAUUGUGAAACACUCUUGGCGGGUUCCCUUGCUUUGCCACCCUAGUGGCAGUUGAAUGAGAGAUUAUAUUUUUAAUAACCUUUCAUUCAGUUUCUACUGGAAUGAUUGUAUCUUGACCUAAGCCAUGUUUUUAUCAUUGAUUGGGGCCUUUGAUCAAUGUAGAAAUACAGUUACAGGUUUAAAUUACUUUUUUUAGAAUGUUCAGUGCACCUCCACAAUGGAAAAAUUGUACAUUAUGAAAAAUGUACAUAAAAUGCUACUUUAUAGAGAAAAUACAUAGAAAAAUAUUUACAGUUUUCUGAAUGGUAUUAAGUAAAAGUAAGCAGAAAGUUUUCAUGAAGUCAUUUGAAUCUUUCGGGUCAAGCUGGGAAGUGAAGGCUAAUGGCUGCUUUCAGAUGCUCUAAAGCAGUGGUUCUCAACUUUUCUAAUGCUGUGACCCCAUAAUACAGUUCCCCAUGUUGUGGUGACCCCCAAGUGGGUGUGGCCACCAAUAAGAGGGAGUAGGACAGCUAGGGAAAAGGGAAAAAAAUGGCGGACAGCAUGGUUUGGCGACCCCCGUGAAAUGGUCGUUCGACCCCAAAUGGGGUCCCGACCCACAGGUUGAGAACCACUGCUCUAAAGACAUAAUUGCUCAAUUAUUGCCAAAGUGACUGGAAGGAGCAGCCACACAGCUGGCUCGUAGAUUGGUUUCUUUUCCCUCGCUAGAUGCUGCCUUUCUUAGGAAUCCCACCAUGAUCGAUAGCUCCAAGAAGCAGCCACAGAGGUUUCCACAGAUUUUACGUUUUGAAGAUAUUGAAUCGUUAAAGGGAAAGGAAUGCCUUGAUCCAGACAUCCCGAAGUGUCUUAAGGAAGAGAUGCAGCAAAGGGAGGAACCUCGCCCAGUAAGCUUUUCAGCUCAUAGGACAACACUCCAGUCUGGAGGUUCCGAGGUGAAGUCGCGGCACAACCCAGCCCAGCGUCGGACCCCACCGGCCGCAGAGGACCCGCCAGCGUUGCUCGCCCUCUCCCCCGCCCUCUCCCCCGCAGCCUCGGAGCCAGCUUGCCCGUCAGGUCACAAGAGGCAGAAGGACUGUUGCCGGAGGGGGGCCGUGUCUCUUUCACGGGCGCCAUUUUGUGGGUCCGCGUCGUCUGGCUUCUUUCCUUCUCUCCGGGCCUCCUCGGGACGGGCAGGCCCGGUGCAGCCGGGCGUGGAGGUGUUCGUGGACGGCGUGCCCGGGGGGGCAUUGCGGGUGGAGCUGUGUGACCUCUUCGAGGCGGCCGUGCCGGGCGUGGUGGAGAACGUGGCCCUCAUGAAGCAGUUCACCUUCAUCCACCUAUGCGACGAGGCGGCGGCCGAGCGCGCCAUCCAGAAGCUCAGUGGGCACCUCCUGCACUGCCACCGCGUGGUCGUGGAGUUCUCCCGCCCGAGGCCCACCCACACCAUCAAGACCUUCGUGGGCAAUGUCUUGGCCGCCUGCACCAGCGGUGAGCUGCGUGUCCUCUUCCAGGAGUUUGGGCCCGUCAUCGAGUGCCACAUCGUGAAAGGAGUGGGAGAGGCGAGCUUGUGGCCUAGAAAUCUACUCUGUACAUGCUCAGAGGUGUUGUUAUGUUCUCCAUUCCUGACUGCGAUCCCAGCAAUUGAAACCAACUCAGCUUUAAGGAGCCCCAGUUUGACUAGCUGUCCCGCCGUGGCUGGGUUGACUUUACACAAUUGUUGGAUGUCUGGAGAAGCCAUUGAUGAGCUGCCCGAGAGGUACUUGGAGAAGUUGACCCAGCUCUUUGAGGAGCAUAAGGCCAAAUACGGGAUUGAACUUUCCAGCGUGGUGAUUCAAAACAGAAAAUAA